AUGGACUCGCCACUGCUUAGACCACCCGCUCUGCUCGCGCUGCCCCUGCUCCUCCUAGCGCUCUACAUCGCUCGCCGGCGCCGCGGCGGAGGCAAGAGUCGGAACUACCCGCCCGUGGCGGGCACCAUGUUCCACCAGCUGCUCAACUUCGGUCGGCUGAUGGAGUACCACACGGAGCUUGCCCACAGGUACCGCACCUUCCGCAUGCUCACCCCGACCUGCAACUACGUGUACACCGUCGAGCCCGCCAACGUGGAGUACAUCCUCAAGACCAACUUCGCCAACUACGGCAAGGGGCGGCUGGAUGUCGCGGACCUGCUGAUGCGGUCGACGCUGGACUCCAUCUUCAAGGUCGGGUUCGGGGUCGGCCUGGGCGUGCUGUCCGGCUGCAACGACGAGGGCGCGGCGGCGUUCGCCAGGGCGUUCGACGACGCCAGCGAGCAGGUCUUGUACCGCUUCUUCGACCUGUCCUGGAAGCUCAAAAGGCUCCUCAAUAUCUCGUCGGAGGCGACCAUGAAGGGGUCGAUCCGCACCAUUGACGGAUUCGUGUACGGCGUCAUCGACAGGAAGAUCGAACAGAUGGGCAGAGACCAACAAGAAUUCGCCAAGAAAGAGGACAUCUUGUCAAGGUUCCUGAUGGAGCGGGAGAGCGAUCCCGGCUGCUUCGACAACAAGUACCUGCGGGACAUCAUCCUCAACUUCGUGAUCGCCGGCCGCGACACCACGGCGGGCACCCUGUCGUGGUUCCUCUACGUGCUCUGCCGGAACCAGCACAUCCAGGAUAGGGUCGCACGGGAGGUCCGUGCUGCCGCCACCACGGGCGACCGCGACGUCGGCGUGCAGGAGUUCGUCGCUUUCUUAACCGAGGACGCCAUCAGCAGAAUGCAGUAUCUGCACGCCGUGCUGACAGAGACGCUCCGGCUGUACCCUGCUGUGCCCAUCGAUGUGAAGUGUUGCUUUUCGGAUGACACGUUACCGGACGGCUACGCUGUCAAGAAAGGUGACAUGGUGAACUACCAGCCGUACCCAAUGGGCAGGAUGGAGUUCCUGUGGGGCGCGGACGCCGAGGAGUUCAGGCCGGAGAGGUGGCUCGACGACGACGGCGUGUUCGUCCCCGAGAGCCCCUUCAAGUUCACGGCUUUCCAGGCGGGGCCUCGCGUCUGCUUGGGAAAGGAGUUCGCGUACAGGCAGAUGAAGAUCUUCGCGGCGGUGCUGCUCUACCUCUUCAGAUUUGAGAUGUGGGAAGCCAAUGCUACCCUGGGUUACCGGCCCAUGCUCACGCUCAAAAUGGAUGGCCCGCUGUAUGUUCGUGCAUCGCUCCGGCAAUGA